ACAUUUCACCUUCACCCCCUCCAUUUUCUUGAAGCAAAAGAAAUCCAUACCUAUUACAAAAGCCACAGCAGAAGAGGGAGGGAAAGCAGCCACACCGACGGCCACAACAAGAAAGGGAUACAAAACAAAGAAGAAAGAAGAAGAAGAAGAAGAAGGUAGCAGCGCAGAAGAAUCUAGAAGAUGUUCCGAAAUCAGUACGACACCGAUGUGACGACGUGGAGCCCCGCUGGCCGUUUGUUCCAGGUGGAGUACGCGAUGGAGGCCGUCAAGCAAGGAUCGGCCGCGAUCGGCCUUCGGUCGAAAUCCCAUGUCGUCCUCGCCAGCGUCAACAAGGCCAAUUCCGAGCUGUCGUCUCACCAGAGGAAGAUCUUCAAGGUCGACGACCACAUUGGCGUUGCCAUUGCCGGACUCACUGCCGAUGGACGCGUCCUCUCCCGCUACCUCAGAUCCGAAUGCAUCAACUACAGCUUUGUCUAUGAAUCUCCGCUCCCUGUCGGCCGCCUUGUCGUCCAGCUCGCCGACAAGGCUCAGGUUUGCACGCAACGAUCUUGGAAGAGGCCCUAUGGUGUGGGUCUGUUGGUUGCCGGUCUGGAUGAAUCUGGAGCUCACCUCUACUAUAACUGCCCGAGUGGGAACUAUUUUGAGUACCAGGCAUUUGCCAUCGGCUCACGCUCCCAAGCUGCAAAAACUUACUUGGAGCGCAAAUUCGAGACUUUUGCGAACUGUUCCCGUGAGGACCUUAUUAGAGAUGCACUAUUUGCAAUCAAGGAAACACUACAGGGGGAAAAACUGACCAGCUCUAUCUGCACGGUUGCCAUUCUUGGAAUCGGCGAGCCCUUUCAAAUCAUCGAUCAGCAGACCAUUCAGCAGUUGAUUGACUCAUUAGAGAUAAGGGAGGAAGCGGGUGAACCGAGUGCUGCGAUGCAGGAGGACAGGAGCCCGGAAGCAGCUCCGAUGGAAAUAUGAUGCUAGAAGGGUUUCUGUGCAAGAUUCUUGAACAAUAUGUUUGAUUCAUGGCUGAGGGAAACAAGGUAAGGGAAACUGAUAUUUCUGUUAACAAAGUAUUUCUCAGUGGUUUUUCUGUCAUGUUUUAGGCAUUUUUCUUACUUAUAAUCUGGGUUCCUAGCCAUCUGCCAGGGAAACUGAAUUCGACAUUUUGUGUUUUGGAGGAAAUACCAUUCUCAUGGAUUAGAUUCCAGCAGUGGGAUAUCAUUUGAUUGCUGCUGUUGUAGGCUUUGGGAAAUUGAAAUUGCUGCUUGCAUGUGGA